ACACGGCAAGGCACUUCCACCCCGUCCCCUUUAUAGAGCGACUCUUGGACUCGAUGUCGUAUGCCAAACUCAACGUGCUCCACUGGCAUCUAGUGGACGCAGAGGCCUUCCCCAUUGAGACGCCCUCCUUCCCGCGCCUCUGGAAGGGUGCCCACUCUCCCCACGAGCGCUACUCCCUCGCUGACAUGCGGCACGUGGUGGGCUAUGCAGCAGCACGUGGCAUUGUUGUCAUUCCUGAAAUUGACCUGCCAUCUCACUCCAAGGCAUGGGGAGUGGGCUAUCCGGCCCUGCUCCCAGCCUUCAACUGUUCCGAGCCUCUCGACGUUUCCAAUGAGUUCACCUUCCGAGUCAUACAGGGCGUGCUCACAGACCUGCGGUCAGUCUUUCCGGGGCCGACAAUCCACAUUGGUGGGGACGAAGUGAAUGCAGAGUGUUGGACAACUGUUCCUCACAUCUACAACUGGAGGAAGGAGCACAGGAGGACAGUGAAGGCGUCUAUAGCCUACUUUGUGAACCGCGUGCAGGCCAUUGCAAGCCAGCUCGGAUGGACCACAACCGUUGUCUGGGAGGAGUCAUUUUUCAAUGUCAGGAGGCACCUCAAUCCCACAACCACCAUCGUGCAAAGCUGGCUGAAAACCGACAGCCUGCCCAACAUGGCAGCGUGGGGGUUCCGCAUCGUUCACACGAAUGCCGGGGGCGGGUGGUACCUGGACUCGCUACAGUCCCGCUGGGAGCAUGCUUAUAGAGAGGAUCCCACUGACCUGGUGCUGCAGGUGGAACGAGAGAGGAUGGAGAGCGAGGAGGAUGGUGGGGAUGUGUGGAGUGGGGAUGGUGGGGAUGGUGGGGAUGGUGGGGGUGGUGGGGAUGGUGGGAGUGGCGGUGGGUGGAGUGGGGAGGAGGGUUGGAAUUCAGGCAGAAAGGAGGGGGGUGGGCAUGUGGGGGGAGGUGAGGAGGGUUGGAAUGUGGGGGGAAGGGAGGGGGCUGGGGAUGUGGAAGGUGGAGGGGUUGGGGACAGUGGGGAUGGGUUGGGAAGCUUGUGGCCUGAUAAGUGGGGAGAGGGAGUGGGAGGGGGAGGGGGAGGGGGAGGUGGAGGGGGAGGGGGAGGGGGAGGGGGAGGGGGAGGGGGAGAGACCCCCACUGCGGUUUUGCUGGAGCGUCUGCGAGGGAGAUUGAGAGUGGAGGAGUUGGCAGGUGUGGGGGCGAGAGGGGGAGAGGAUGCAAGAGAGGGUGGAGAUGUGGAUGGGACGGGAGGAGACGGGGCGGGGAGUGUGGGGGGCAUGCAGAAGCUGGGAGGAGAAGAAGGUGAAAAGGGGGAGGAGAAGGGAGAGGAGGGAGGGGGAGAGACAGUGGGACGAGAAGCAGGGAAGGAGCAUCAGGGGGAAGAGCAGGGAAGAGGUAAAAUCAUUCACAUGGCUGUGGGCGGACGGGAGGGGGAUCGAGGCGAGCGAGGGUUGGGAGGGGAUGAGGGGGAGGGAAAGGACACGUCAGCAGGGACUGGAGUGAGGAGAAGGGUCCUGGAGUGGACAGGAGGAGGGGAGGGAGGUGAGGAAGGAGAGACAAGAAGGGAGGAGGAGAAGAGGAGGCGGUGGGAGGAGCUGGAGGCGUUGGCAGAGAGAGUGGUGGUGGGGGGGGAGGUGUGUGCGUGGAGUGAGAGGAUCGACCCCUCACAACUCAUGGCCACAGUGUGGCCGCGUGCUGCUGCCAUGGCAGUGUUCCGGUGGAUGUCGGGCAAGGUGCACAGCGUGUAUAUGAUGGAGGACCCAAUCAAAUACGCCACGUGUAACGUCAAGGGCACCAAAGAGCUCUUCCGGCCGUCGGGCGCGGGCCACGUGCUGUGGAUCCCGCAGCCCAGCGACCUGGGGAAGACGUUCUACUUCGUGAGCAAGGGCAAGGAUUGCCUCAACGGCAUGAAGGCCGUCCUCAAGAUCACGUGA